CCCUUUGUCGUAUUAUUCCGAGCAAAAUCAAACCAAGAUUACAAACAGAUUGCAUACUCGUAACGCGGUAGAAUAGUGCAACGAGCUGCCCAAAAAUGGAGGUUCUCACCAAUUCCAAACUCUCCAAUCCGGUCCUCCUCCCCAACGCGCAACUAAUGGAGAUGUUGGAGGGAGACGUCAAACGAAACGAGAAAGCAUUGCAGCAGAUGCAGCAACGAAAAAGAAAACCCAGAAAAAGCCGGUUUGAGAACCGUGAUUGGAUCCAACAACAUGUUCUGGAUUAUCUGAAAGGCACGCCCUGUGUCAACAUUCCGACGGCGAAACUCGGGGAGCUGAAAGCCAGGUGCAUGAAGAAAGAAUCGGUGUCGUCCCCAAUCCGAAAGAAGCGAAAGGCUCCAUCCAAAGGUUCGUCCUCGCCCUCGUCGCCUAAACACGCUUCCAGGUCGUCGAAACAGGCACAAAAAGGAUGCUAUGCUCUCACGGAAGCAGAGACCCUCCAGGUGCUGAAUUUCAUGCCGCAAGAAAUGGUCGAGAUCCACCUCAUGGUAGAGGACCUUCACGACCGCAUGUCGGAGGCUAAACAGGAGGAGUUUCUGGAAAUGAUUCGAUCCUACAACACGUCGGUAGAAACUACGGAAAAGGACAGCAGCAACGACGUAGAAGAGGACGAAGAAGAAGUCGUCGAAGACUCGAUCGAGCUCCUGGAAAAAGCCGGAAACGACAACGACGACGAUGGUCUGCCCGCGAUGAAGGUCAAAAAAGAGAGAUAACAAGCGGCCCAAAGCGAAAUCUAAAACAACAGCAAGUAGUUGUUGCACGUAUCCAGGAAAAUUGUUCAGUAGAUCGAGCGGGUUAGGCUGUUUCGACAACAAAGCAUAUGUUCUCGC